UAUUUUUUUGGGGAAGAGGCCUUUAUUUUGGGAAUUGCACAAGGGUAUUCAACUACCUCAUUCCGCCCUUGUCGCCAACCAUUGGCCAUGCUGGCUGCGGCUGAGGGAGUUGGAUGACAAGGACAUAAGGAGGACACCGGAUUCUCAAUCCCCAGGCUAAAACAAACGGAGCUACGAAUCCGGUUCAGCGCAUCUGAAGCGCUUUCAAUACUUGAAAGCCUUAUACAGUACAAAUGUCAUGUGUUUUGUUCAGGGCUGGGCAGUGCUGACGGGACAACUGGUUUUUCUUUGCUGCUGCCUAGACUUGCCCAACGGUGAGCGUUAUGGGCGUAAUGUGCUUCUGUGAGGCAGCCAGUGGAGGGCACCCACUGCCCAGGCCUGCCGCCUUCCAGGGUUAGGCCCAGCCCUGCCCGAGACGGCGCUCGUUUGAUUCGCAUGGUGGCAGAGCUGCUGGAGCCCAGGUUGGGCCUACCCGCCUCUUGCCUUUCUCAUGUGACCUAUUCGAGACUCCCUCAACGCGGCGGCGAGGAGAGGAGGAGGGCGGCGAAGACGACGACGAAACCAAAGGAGGGAAGGAUUAUGGCUAAGGUGGCCGCCGCUGCUGCCGCCUCUGCUCCUUUGCGCGGCAGGAUUCGGAGUUCGCUACACUGAGGAGGAGGAGGAGCCGCUGCUGGAGUCGUGCACUUUCUUUCCUCAUCAUGGCUGAGCCGCCGGGCGGUAACGGCGCUGUCUCUCCUCCGGCUAGCUUGCCCCGAGAGGUCCGCGAGCAGCUUGCGGAGCUGGAGCUGGAGCUCUCGGAAGGGGACAUUACCCAGAAGGGGUAUGAGAAGAAAAGGGCAAAGCUGUUGGCUCCAUAUUUCCCACAGACCCAAGGGGUUGAUCCAGGUCUGCAAAAGGAACCCCGAAAUCAGACACCCACUCCAUCAGGAGCUCCAGCAACAUCUUCAUCCAAGUAUCACCGGGCACGCUCUGGGGGAGCUAGAGAUGAACGCUAUCGAUCUGACAUCCAUACAGAGGCAGUGCAAGCAGCCUUGGCGAAACACAAGGAACAGAAGAUGGCCCUGCCCAUGCCAACAAAAAGACGAUCCACAUUUGUACAGUCUCCCGCAGAUGCCUGCACACCUCCAGACACGUCUUCUGCAUCCGAAGAUGAAGGGUCGCUCAGGCGCCAGGCUGCUCUAUCUGCUGCAUUGCAUCAGAGCUUACAGAAUGCUGAGUCAUGGAUCAACCGAUCUAUUCAGGGGUCAUCCACAUCUUCAUCAGCAUCUUCUACACUAUCCCAUGGAGAAGGCAAAGGGACCAGUGGGUCACUAGCUGAUGUAUUUGCCAAUACUCGAAUAGAAAAUUUCUCAGUUCCCCCGGAUGUUACUGCAACUACCUCCACACCUGCUUCCUCUGCACGCCCAUCUGCUAUUGAUCUCCCUCCAUCAGGAAUAGUGAAGGGCAUGCACAAAGCAUCCAACCGGUCUAGCCUUAUGGACACAGCUGAUGGCGUUCCUGUUAGUAGCAGAGUGUCAACGAAAAUCCAGCAGUUGCUCAAUACUUUGAAGCGACCCAAGCGGCCACCUCUGAAGGAGUUCUUUGUGGAUGAUUUUGAAGAAAUUGUGGAAGUUCCACAGCCAGACCCAAAUCAGCCCAAGCCAGAAGGACGUCAGAUGACACCUGUCAAAGGAGAACCCCUGGGAAUAGUUUGCAAUUGGCCUCCUGCUUUAGAAGCAGCUCUGCAACGCUGGGGGACAACACAGGCCAAAUGUCCUUGUUUGACAGCCCUGGAUGUUACUGGAAAGCCAGUCUACACCCUAACAUAUGGCAAGUUGUGGAGCAGAAGUCUGAAACUGGCCUAUACUCUGCUGAAUAAACUGGGCACCAAAAAUGAGCCUGUGUUGAAACCUGGAGAUAGAGUAGCCCUUGUUUAUCCUAACAAUGAUCCUGUCAUGUUCAUGGUGGCGUUCUAUGGCUGUUUGCUAGCUGAAGUCAUCCCAGUGCCGAUAGAGGUACCUCUAACCAGAAAGGAUGCUGGUGGCCAGCAGAUAGGUUUUCUGCUAGGCAGCUGUGGCAUUGCUUUGGCUCUCACUACUGAGGUUUGCUUGAAGGGUCUCCCCAAAACACAGAAUGGAGAAAUUGUGCAGUUGAAAGGUUGGCCUAGACUGAAGUGGGUUGUAACAGAUUCCAAGUACCUCUCCAAGUCGCCAAAGGACUGGCAGCCCAACAUUACAAACGCGGGGACUGAGCCAGCUUACAUUGAGUACAAGACCAGCAAGGAGGGGAGUGUGAUGGGUGUGACAGUGUCCCGAAUAGCUAUGCUGUCUCAUUGCCAGGCUUUGUCUCAGGCCUGCAAUUAUUCUGAAGGUGAAACCAUAGUGAACGUCCUGGAUUUCAAGAAAGAUGCAGGCUUGUGGCACAGCAUGCUAACAAGUGUCAUGAACAAGCUGCACACCCUCAGCGUGCCAUACUCAGUGAUGAAAACCUGCCCUCUUUCUUGGGUGCAGAGGGUUCACACUCACAAAGCUAAGGUGGCUUUAGUGAAGUGUCGAGAUUUGCACUGGGCCAUGAUGGCUCAUCGGGACCAAAGAGAUGUCAGCUUAAGUUCCCUGCGGAUGCUGAUUGUAACAGAUGGUGCUAACCCCUGGUCUGUGUCCUCCUGUGAUGCUUUCCUAAGCUUAUUCCAGAGCCAUGGGCUUAAACCGGAGGCAAUAUGUCCUUGUGCUACAUCUCCUGAGGCUUUGACUGUGGCAAUUCGGAGACCUGGUGUCCCUGGGGCACCUUUGCCUGGAAGAGCCAUCUUAUCGAUGAAUGGAUUGAGUUAUGGUGUCAUACGUGUGAACACAGAAGAUAAGAAUUCUGCUCUCACUGUACAGGAUGUUGGACAUGUGAUGCCAGGAGGAAUGAUGUGCAUUGUGAAGCCUGAUGGUCCUCCUCAACUCUGCAAGACAGAUGAGAUUGGUGAAAUCUGUGUUAGCUCCAGAACUGGAGGGAUGAUGUAUUAUGGGCUAACUGGAGUAACUAAAAACACAUUUGAGGUUAUCCCUCUGAAUUCAGCUGGCUCACCUGUGGGUGACGUACCAUUUGUGCGCUCUGGCUUGCUGGGUUUUGUUGGACCUGGUAGCUUGGUGUUUGUUGUUGGAAAAAUAGAUGGGAUGCUCAUUGUUAGUGGACGCAGACAUAAUGCUGAUGACAUUGUGGCCACUGGGCUGGCAGUUGAAUCUAUAAAGACAGUUUACAGAGGAAGGAUUGCAGUAUUCUCUGUGACUGUGUUCUAUGAUGAGAGGAUUGUGGUGGUGGCUGAACAGCGGCCAGAUGCUUCUGAAGAGGACAGUUUCCAGUGGAUGAGCCGUGUGCUGCAGGCGAUCGACAGCAUUCACCAAGUGGGAGUAUAUUGCCUCGCUCUUGUUCCAGCCAAUACUUUGCCAAAAACUCCUCUGGGGGGGAUCCAUAUAUCUCAGACCAAACAACACUUCCUAGAGGGUUCACUGCACCCAUGUAACAUUCUCAUGUGCCCGCACACAUGUGUAACUAAUCUUCCAAAACCCAGGCAAAAACAACCAGGUGUCGGCCCUGCCUCUGUGAUGGUGGGAAACCUGGUUGCAGGGAAGCGCAUUGCACAGGCCUCUGGGAGAGACCUUGGGCAGAUAGAAGAGAAUGACUUGGUGAGAAAACAUCAGUUCCUGUCUGAGGUGCUCCAGUGGAGAGCACAAGCAACGCCUGAGCACAUGCUUUUCCUGCUGCUCAAUGCAAAGGGUGCCCCUGUCUGUACAGCCACCUGCCUGCAGUUGCACAAGCGAGCUGAGCGAAUCGCAUCGAUUCUGUAUGAAAAGGGACACCUCAAUGCUGGCGAUAACGUGGUGCUGCUCUAUCCUCCAGGCAUCGAACUCAUUGCAGCAUUUUAUGGCUGCCUGUAUGCUGGUUGCAUCCCUGUGACUGUCCGGCCUCCACACGCUCAGAAUCUCACUGCCACUUUGCCCACCGUGCGGAUGAUUGUAGAUGUCAGCAAAGCCGCCUGUAUUCUUACAAGUCAGACCUUAAUGAGGCUACUGAGAUCCAGAGAGGCAGCAACUGCUAUUGAUGUGAAAACCUGGCCAACCAUCAUUGACACAGAUGACUUGCCCAGGAAGCGGCUACCUCAGGUCUAUAAACCACCAACGCCAGAAAUGUUGGCAUACCUGGAUUUCAGUGUUUCCACAACAGGGAUGCUUACAGGAGUAAAGAUGUCCCAUGCAGCAGUCAGUGCCCUCUGCAGAGCCAUAAAACUCCAGUGUGAACUAUAUUCCUCAAGACAGAUUGCCAUUUGUUUAGAUCCCUAUUGUGGGCUUGGCUUUGCACUUUGGUGCCUUUGCAGUGUGUAUUCUGGUCACCAAUCCAUCUUAAUUCCUCCUAUGGAGUUGGAAUCCAACCUUUUCCUGUGGCUCUCCACUGUAAGCCAGUAUAAAAUACGGGACACUUUCUGUUCCUACUCAGUCAUGGACAUGUGUACAAAGGGGCUUGGGAAUCAGGUUGAUGUUUUAAAGGCAAGAGGCAUUAACCUUUCUGGUGUCCGGACCUGUGUAGUGGUGGCGGAAGAGCGCCCACGAGUCACCCUUACUCAGUCCUUCUCCAAGCUCUUCAAGGACAUUGGCCUAUCAUCUCGUGCAGUCAGCACCACGUUUGGGUCACGAGUCAACGUAGCUAUCUGUUUACAGGGAACCUCAGGGCCUGAUCCUACCACAGUGUAUGUGGAUCUGAAAUCCUUAAGACAUGACAGAGUGCGGUUAGUUGAAAGAGGUGCUCCCCAGAGCCUGCUGCUCUCUGAGUCAGGCAAGAUAUUACCUGGGGUCAAAGUGAUAAUUGUUAAUCCUGAGACUAAAGGACCUGUUGGGGAUUCUCACCUUGGAGAGAUCUGGGUGAAUAGCCCCCACACUGCCAGUGGUUACUACACUAUCUAUGAUAAUGAAACCCUCCAGGCAGAUCAUUUCAACACCCGCCUGAGCUUUGGUGAUGCUGCCCAAACUCUCUGGGCACGAACAGGUUACCUUGGCUUUGUACGCCGAACUGAGCUCACAGCAGCAAGUGGAGAACGCCAUGAUGCACUGUAUAUCGUAGGGGCACUGGACGAAACUCUCGAACUACGGGGGUUGCGCUAUCAUCCAAUUGACAUAGAGACCUCAGUUUCUCGGACGCACAGGAGCAUCGCUGAAUGUGCUGUAUUCACGUGGACCAACUUGCUUGUGGUGGUUGUGGAGCUAUGUGGCUGUGAACAGGAGGCCCUCGAUCUAGUCCCUCUAGUUACCAAUGUGGUUCUGGAAGAACAUUAUCUAAUUGUGGGAGUUGUGGUAGUGGUCGAUCCUGGGGUGAUUCCAAUCAAUUCCAGAGGAGAGAAGCAGCGCAUGCACCUCCGUGAUAGUUUCUUGGCUGAUCACCUGGAUCCCAUCUACGUAGCUUACAAUAUGUAAUUUUGUGAGUGCAGGUCACAGUACAGCUUACAGAUUCAAGGACCAGUGAAGGCUGUGGAAACAAAAAAAACGGAUUAACAAUUAGUGAUUGUUGUGAAGCUGGACUGUGCUGUUCUACUUUCCUCUCUCUCACUGGGUUGACAGCGAUGGACUGAUCAAAAGGCAGAAGAUGGCAGCCAGUUAAGAACAUUUGUAUUGCAGGAUGUUAGCUUUAUAGACAAUGAAAAGUUGGCCUGCAUGAGAAAACAAAAAAUUACUAAGGCCUUUACUGUCAUGUUAACUUUUUCAUCUGUUGUAUAUAUUUGUAUUUUUCUAAUACUGUUUUAGGAUUCUAUGAGGGGGAGGGUUUAUUUAGUUAAGAUAACAAUCUGUAAGAACAUGGUCAUGUGAGUCCUGCUCAUUCCCCCUUUAAACAGUGUGCUUUCCAACUGUAAGUCAGCUUAAUUCUGUAGUAUUCUGUUAAUAUGGGAUCACACUGCUUACUUAAAAUUGUGCCAUGACCAAAUCCAAUAAUACACUGAACUGAAGAAUUACUUAUUCAUAUAGAUACUUCUUGAAUUAAAAAAAGGAUUUUGCCUAUAUUUUAAAUAUGUAAAUAUUAAUAUGCAUAAUUCAUUUAUUUAGCAAAACAGCUCAGAUAGUGACAUAUGGGGUAGACAUCAUUUUAAGGAUUUUAACAAAGUCCUUAAAAUAAAUUGUGUUAGUCAAUUAAUGCAGGAAAUGCAGAUAGGUUGUCCAUUAAAUUUUUACUGUUUUGUUGCUGGCCAGAGUAUGUCAUAGCACGUAGAAGAAACUGAUUUUAAAGCCACAUGUUUAUAAAAGAGACUGAAGUCCAUAUGCUUUAAAAGCAUUUUAUAAAUAACAAGAAGAAAAAUCUGCAAUUCCAGAAUGUUUAAUUUGAUCUGUACAGCCUCGGCAUAUUCUUGUCAUGACCAGUGUUAUGCAGGUCACCGGUUUACCAGAACCACUUAAUUAAUGGUCCUAGUCAUGAUUCCUUUCUUUCCUUCCUUUAUUGUGCACAGUAACAGAUGCAAAUGUCAGAGCAACUUUCAUUUAAACUGGAAAAAAGUCCUGCUGUUAUCUUGAGGCUCACUCUGCUUUCUGUGUGAGACUCAUUACUGCAAAGCAAGGAGCUUUGGCAGAAUGUCUUCAAAGGUGAGACAGUGCAAUUCUCUUGAAAGAGUGGAGAAAUACCUCUCCAAAUCCCAUUCAGAGUGGCCGAUCAGUUUCCAGCCUUCAAAGAAUUGACAAUAGAUGCCUUAAAAUGUGCUGGAACAACCAUUGUCUGGGAAUGGUUUGCAGUCCCCUGUCUCCACUGAGCUGGAAGAAGCAAGAUUUCAACCUUUUUGUUUAGAUCCUCACUUGUGUGAUUGCACCCUUAAUUGGUCUUCCCCACUUCCCCUUACAUUUCUUUAUUGAAAGAAUACUGAAAGCGGAUGCCAGGAACGAUGACAACUCUUCUUGGGCCAUUUGUGGUCUAUUGUGUAAAUAGUUAGAAUACUUUAAUAAUAUCUGUUUACCCAUCCUGUAAUAAAGUUAAUGUUUUUAGCCAUUUUUAAAAGAGAUAUAAACGGGGAUUAAAUCCUUUACAGCUAUAUUAAGUGCAGAUCUGACAACUAUCCCUUAAAAACAAAUUCCAAAUGUAUACUUGAAAAACUUCUGUACAAACUUUUCAGACAUUUUUAAUGGCCUGAUGUAUUGAUAUUUAGACAGAAAGCUUUUAAAUAUAUUAACAAAGUAUUUACGGUUAUCUUCUUUGGUCAUACAAAAUGGUGAUGGGAUGUAUCCUGAAACAAAGAAUUAUGGCAAAACUAGAACAGAGUGGAAGGGGAGGUCCAUUGCUUCAAACUGCUCAAAUAUUAACUACUGGUUCUUAGAAGAUACAGUUUUAAUAUUUUGCAUUAUCAGUAUUUUCAGUGUGGUGCUGCUACAUAAAUGAAAAAGCCUCCUAUGCUGAAGUAGCUUUAGCAUGUCAUUUGCAACAGUUUGGAAAAUACAGCCUUUGCUGUCAUUCAGCAUAUGAACCGCACAGUACAGAUGGGCUUCCCCAUCUAAUAGUGCAAUCCUAUGCAUGUUUCCUUGAAUGUACGUCCCACUGUAGCUUACUUCCUUGAAAGUGUGCUUAGGAUUGCAACGUCAGUGUCCUGUGCACUCCAGCUCUUAUUUUCAACAGCAAUAUUGGCUAUUAUGAUGUCUCAAUUUUUAUAAUAAACCACUUUCUUAAUACCCUUACGUUGAAUGGAACCAUAGAAUGUUCCUCUGCCAACAAUUGAGGGUUUCCCCCCCCAUACCUAUGUGACACCUUUACCAUUACCCACCCUUUACACUAGAAAUUCUUCCCAGAUGUAGCAUUUUAGAAAUGUUGUGUUUAGUACCGAUAACUUCCUAGAGUGGCAUUUUAGAACUUUCCGUCUGGAAGAAUUAAGCUGUAUUCUGAAUAUGAGGGAAAGAAACUACCAGUCUCCACCAAUAUAGCUUUUCCUCUUGAUUUGGUUGUUAAACUAGAAAGCAAUUAAAUUCUUAAUGUGUGAUUUUAAUAGGGUGUUAUCUUCCCAAAAGUUCUGAUAAUCCUGGGACUUCUGUUUUACUUUUUAGGCUUGGGACUUCCUCAAUGCUGCACAAUUGUUUGCCUUCAGGUAACUUAUACAAAAUGUCUGAGAUUCCAAAGGAAUGACUGUGGAAUCAGUGUCAUCUUUACCUGAGCUCUGACACUGAUUUGCUCUGUGUGGCUUUAGGUAUUAUGCUUCAUAUUAUUCAUCAGUACAUGAGAUAUAGCAGCUGAUGAAUGGAAUUCAAUACGAAGACAGUUUUCCAUAGAUUUGCUAAGUGAUCUAUCUGGAGCUAGCUUGCCAUUCCUUAUCUCCCAUAAGCAAUGUCAGGAAUGUGGCCCUCCAGAUGUUGGACUUCAACUUGUUUCAGCCACAGCCAGUGGCUGAUCUAAGUGGUGGUGUUUUUCUAAUGAAUCCAAAAAUCCAUUGUUGCCAGCCCAGUUUAUGUUGGAUUUCCAUAUUGAAUCAGAAGCUUCUGAAAUUAAAUAUACUGUGUUUUUAACAAUUUCCAUUAUUAUGAAGCAGUUUGGAACAGCUGUUAUCCUGAGAAUCAGUUUACUAUUCGAAAUAUACAACUUAAAGACAAAAAUAUCGUUCAUGUCUUGCUUUCAGAUAAUUCCUGCUCUCAAGUAUGUUUGUUACUGUAAUUAUUACACCAACCCUGUCCAUUUUACACUGCUUUUCUGGUUUCAGUUCACUGUGUAGUCAGGAAUGAUGGGCCAUGCUUUACUGUGCUGGAGAUAUGGUUGUAAAAACAAUAUUCAUUGUCUUUAGCCCUAAAGGCAUUUUUUUUCCUUUUGUUGGUGUCAAUACGUUUACCAUUGUCAGAUUCAAACUACAACAAUGUAAUUAUGUAUAAAGUUUUUUAUUUAUUUGAAUUUAGGUUUUAGAUACACUUUUUUUAAAAAUUUAACAUCUGGCUGGAUAGUGUUCCAUUAACGCAUUGAUUGUGUCUCCUUUGUCUUGUGUUAAUAAAUAAUGAUGCCUGA